AUGGAGGACCAAAAGGAGUCUUUGCGGAAGAUCACCACCACUCUAGCGUUAAAGAAUGAAGAGAUUCAGAAUUUCAUCUGCACUCUCAAACAAAGUUUGCUGAACCUGGAGGCCAACUCCACCCGUGUUCAAGAGGACCUGGAGUCUGAGUUCAGUUCUCUGCAUGCAGUGUUGGAUGAGCUGAAAGAGGGGAUGGUGACCCGCAUCAAGCAGGAGAGAGCAAGUCGAACUUAUGAGCUACAGAGUCAACUGAGUGCCUGCACUAAAGCCCUGGAGAGCUCGGAGGAGCUGCUGGAACUAGCCAAUCAGACGCUUUGUUCAUCAGAGACGGAUGGCUUCACUCAGGCGGCCAAAGAGAUUAAGGAUAGCGUAACUAUGGCUCCAGCAUUUCGUCUGUCUCUCAAAGCCAAAGCCAGUGAUAACAUGAGUCACAUGAUGGUGGAUUUCACACAAGAGAGGGAGAUUCUACGCGCAAUCAAAUUCCUCCCAGUGCCUGCCACUCCAGAGAUCCUGCUGUCCGAGUGUCAAGUGUGUGACAACACAAUAACCGCCGUUUGGGCUCUGCCUGAACCCGACUCCAAAAUCGAUCACUACAUUUUAGAGUACCGUAAAACGAACCACGAGGGUCCGCCGCGGAUUCGGGAAGACUACCCCUGGAUGGUGGCGGAGGGAAUCCGAGAGACAGAGCACACGCUCACUGGCCUUCGCUUUGACACACGCUACAUGACCUUUCGCGUGAAGGCUUGUAACAAAGCUGUGGCGGGUGAAUUCUCAGAGCCAGUAACUUUGGAAACACACGCCUUUACGUUUAAGCUGGAUGCGGGUUCAGCCCAUCAGAAUUUGCGUGUUGAGGAUCUCAGUGUGGAAUGGGACAGCAGUGGUGGGAAGGUCCAAGACAUUCGGAAAGACAAAAACAGAACCAGCUCUCCAAUGCAUUCUCCUGCCAGGGCCGCGAUGAUGUCGCCGAAGAGAACCCCCUCUGCCCGUGUCGGUCGAGACCGCUUCACAGCUGAGUCUUACACCGUCUUGGGAGACACAAUGAUCGACGCUGGUCAACAAUACUGGGAGGUGCGCUUUGAUAAGGAGAGCAAGGCCUUCGCGGCAGGAGUGGCCCUGCGUUCGCUGGGUCGGUUUGACCAGCUGGGCAAAAGCAAUGCCUCCUGGUGUAUCCACCUUAACAACUGGUUACAGCAGAGUCUGACAGCCAAGCACAACAACAAAGCACGCACCUUAGACUGCCCCAUACCUGACCGCAUCGGAGUCUUCUGUAAUUAUGAAGAGGGAACGUUGUCCUUUUACAACGCUAAAACCAAACAGCUCAUCCAUACAUUCAGAACCAAGUUUCAGCAACCAGUCAUUCCGGCGUUUAUGGUGUGGAAUGGAAGUUUCUCCGUGCAGACGGGGCUUCAGGUGCCCAGCGUGGUACUGAGCGGGCAAAAGAGGAACAGCGGGACCAGCAGCUCCAACGCCAGCCUCACCUAG